GCCCGGGGGCGGCCAUGGCGCGGGGGGCCGAGGGCGGCGCCGCUCCGCCUUCCCCGGCCGGGCGCUGCGGAAGCGAAGGCGGCCGGGGCCGGGUCCUGGUCCCCGUUCCUGUCCCUGCCGGCCCCCGGGAGCCGGGAGGCGGAGCGGAGAGCCCGGCCUGGGCGGCAGCCUGCGGGGCGGCCAUCGCCGGGGCUCCAUGGAGAAGCGGGGCGCCCUGCCGCCGCGGGGCCCGGUGCUGCACAUCGUGGUGGUGGGCUUCCACCACAAGAAGGGCUGCCAGGUGGAGAUGCUGGAGAACUAGUACAAGAGCUAGAACUUGUGUAAGGAUCAAUAUGAAGAAGAGGAAGCAGCAACAGAUUUGUCAGAAGAGGAACUGCUGAUGUGAAAGGUUGAAUUCUCCUACCCUCCUCUAAUGCCUGGAGAAGGGCACGACAGCCACGGCUUACCAGAGGAGUGGAAAUACUUGCCAUUUCUUGCCUUGCCAGAUGGCGCUCACAACUACCAGGAAGAUACUGUGUUUUUCCAUUUACCACCAAGAUGUGGGGAUCGAACUACAGUAUAUGGUGUCUCUUGCUAUAGGCAGAUUGAAGCAAAGGCAUUAAAAGUACGGCAAGCAGACAUCACACGAGAAACAGUGCAGAAAAGUGUCUGUGUUCUCAGUCAGCUGCCGUUGUAUGGGUUACUUCAGGCAAAGCUGCAGCUCAUUACCCACGCGUAUUUUGAGGAGAAAGACUUCUCGCAAAUUUCAAUUCUAAAGGAACUUUAUGAUCAUAUGAAUAGUUCCUUGGGAGGUACUUCACUAGAAGGGUCACAAGUUUAUCUUGGUCUGUCUCCUCGGGAUCUUGUUCUUCAUUUUAGACACAAGGUCUUGAUCCUUUUUAAAUUGAUUCUUCUAGAGAAAAAGGUGCUGUUUUAUAUUUCUCCGGUAAAUAGAUUGGUGGGAGCUCUGAUGACAGUCUUGUCGCUAUUUCCUGGUAUGAUUGAACAUGGUCUUACUGACUGCUCACAGUAUAGACCAAGAAAGAGCAUAUCGGAGGAUGCUGUCUUGCAAGAAAUUACACCACGGUUAGAUGACUCUGUGUCUGCUGCUGCUACAAACUUGGGAGUGGGCAAGGGAGGCAGGAAGAUGGCAGGAAACCAUUCGCUGGGAGGUCAAAACACAAACGUGCCUUUCUCCCAGUCAGAGAAGAUUUGCAACGGAGCUCGAUUCUCCAAUAGUACUGUGCAGCACUUGAAAGUUCCUUCCCGCACUUCUCCAGAGUCCUCUGAAAGUGAAUGGGAGACCUUAGAUCCCAGCAUUUUGGAGGAGUCUAAUUUGAAAGAAGGAGUAUGCGAAAAUGCAGCAUCAGAACAGGCUGAAAAUCUGCCAAGUGAAUGCAGGAGUCCAGAAACCCUUCCAAUCACUGUGCAGCCCCAGGCAAAUUCAGGACACGCGGUGCUUGUUCCAGGACUCGUAUCUGGGUUGGAAGAGGACCAGUAUGGUAUGCCGUUGGCUAUUUUUACAAAGGGAUACCUUUGCUUGCCAUACAUGGCGCUGCAGCAGCAUCAUCUCCUGUCGGAUGUAACAGUCCGCGGCUUUGUUGCGGGAGCCACCAACAUCCUGUUCCGUCAGCAAAAACACCUGAGCGACGCAAUUGUGGAAAUAGAAGAUGCUCAUGUACAAAUCCAUGAUCCAGAGCUCCGUAAGAUCCUGAACCCUACAACGGCUGACCUAAGAUUUGCAGAUUACUUGGUGAAGCAUGUAACUGAGAACAGAGAUGAUGUUUUCCUUGAUGGCACUGGAUGGGAAGGAGGAGAUGAGUGGAUCAGGGCUCAGUUCAGUGCUUAUCUUCACGCGCUGCUUGCUGCUGUGCUGCAACCAGACAAUGAGAAGACGUUGUCAGACUUUGGAACACCAUUUGUAGUAGCCUGGAAAAAUACUCACAACUACAGAGUAUGGAAUAGCAAUAAGCAUCCAGCUCUUGCAGAAGUAAAUUCUAGCCACCCAUUCCAGGGACAAUAUUCUGUAUCAGAUGUUAAGUUAAGAUUGUCACACUCCGUGCAAAACAGUGAACGUGGAAAGAAGAUUGGAAACGUGAUGGUUUCCACUAGCAGAAAUGUUGUGCAAACAGGAAAAGCUGUAGGUCAGUCGGUUGGAGGAGCCUUCACAAGUGCAAAGUCAGCCAUGUCAUCAUGGUUUUCCACUUUUACACAGUCAACCCAAAGCCUUGGUGACUAGGUGAUUGUUUUGCACAGUGCUGCUGCAUGUUUCAGGUGCAAUGGUUUCUCUGAGCUGUAAAAAGACUGCUCCAAAACAUAGGAGUGGAGACUAACUAUCCAGGACCAAAACAAGGCAUAUGUUGCUUGCAAGCAGAUAUGGAAUGUUAUCAUUCACUUUCACUAGAAGUAUAGAAUGGUGAGUGUCUGCAUACGAUGGGAUGGCAUUUGCUGUGUAUUGGUUGUGUUUAAAAUGACUACUUUUCUUUAAAUCUGAGCCUUUAUAAAUAUAUUAGCAAACAGGGCUUGUUGCAAGCCAAAUGUGUUUGACUUUAGAUUUGUACAUUUUCUUGGAUGUUGAAGAUAUUUAUGUAAAGUAGUUAUAUUUUUCAAUCCAAGUAGCCAAAUGUUAGUGAAUUCUUAUAAAUAGGCAGAGUAUGAUUACUGAUUCAUCUUCAGGUUGUUUUAGAGAAUGUCUGCAAAAAGUAUAGGUGCAGAAGCCUUUAAAGGGUUCAAAGCUAGGUAGCACUUUUUUGGUCCCACCUACAAACUGGAAUCAGCCAGAUGCAGAGGAAGACUGGCUGACUAAAGGGUGUUUCUCCUUUCUCAUCUGUAGCCAUACACAAUUAAUCUGUCUCUAGCUCUCUUUGUGUCUGCAAAUCUGUACAACAAUUGUAAAAUCAGUAUUUUCCUGAUGUUAUGUGGUGGGCCUUCAUAACUUUGCUUAUGUUUUGGCUGUGUUUUACCCUGGGGUAUGAACAGGAUUCCAGUUGGAGAGAUCUCUUCAAGAAAAGUAUUAGAAAACAAUUGGCCAAAAUUGGGAUUGAACCGUAGAGAAAGACCUCACAAAACUGUUAGGAUAUAAUUAACACCAUUAAUGCAAUUACAUGCAUAUGAAUACAAGUAUUAAAAUUACUUAAACUAGCACAGUAGCAAACUCUGCAUAUUUUUUUGUUGCCAGUAAAGUUAUGAAGACUCUUCCAAACAAAAAUCAACUAUACAGAUUUUUCUUUGUCUACUCAGGGAAUGUUCUAUUUGGAUAACUAAUUUUUUCAUAUCUUCACCAGAACUGAGGGAGCAUCUGAAACAGCUCAGUUCUUAUCCUUGAAUGAAAGAAUAUAAUAGUUUAUUUGAAAAGAUGUGGUAUAAUGCUGUAUUUCAUAUGGAAUGUGCACGUGGUGUCUUCUGUAUGCAAACAUAUUCCACAUCCUACAUUUUGUGCUCUCGAGACAGAUUAUUUCCUGUUCCUUGCAACAUGAAUGUGUCUAUGCCUUCUAACAUCCCCACGUGAUAGCUGUUAACAUUUCCUACAUUACAUCAUCAAGUAUUCCAACCUUCCAGUAUUGGAAGGCUCUCUGUUUAUUCCCUCAUCAGUAUUUAUUAGUGUUCUGCAAUUUUCUUUUCCAGGGCCAAGAUUUCAAGUCAAAGUUAUUUCUUCUAUUCCUCAAAUAAAAUAGCUGUACAAGAGAUAAAUAAAUAAGAAGGUUCUAAUGUAAUUUCUUUUAAGAAGUUCUGAUUUCUUCAGGUGCAUUUGAAAAGCUAACAGGAAAGUCAAACUUGCAUCACAUAGUUCCAUCUCCAGCAAUGUAAAUUUCAGUUUUAGUGCUUCAAGUAGUGAUUCAGAAAGACAAGAUCUUUUUUAAAGUGUUAAUUAAUUUUUUCCAGGACAAGUUAGAUAGAACAGCCAUGGAAAACCUGAAAGUACACAGCUGAUUUGAGUAGCUUCAUUUGAAAAGGGCAAAAAGGACACCUAAAGCUCUACUUAAUCUACUGCUUCUGACAUACAAGUAAAAGUAUCUGCAGAACCUUAUAUAUUGCUCCUGGUCUGUGUAUAUGUAUAUCUCCUAAAAUUUCUGAUAUUCUUUUCUGUUCUAUUCCGCAACUCUGUAAUAGUCAAUUAUAUCUUUUUAAAGAUUAAGAAAUACUUGUAGGAAGACCUGUGGUGCAAUAAGACUAGGGAUGCGGUUAUUCACGAUGAUUCUAGAGCUUUCUGAUUCAGCUUGCAGAUAAGAAAAUAAUCACUUGCUGUUAUGAAAUCGCUAUUGUUACCUGUUGUCUGGGUUUUAAGUGGUCAGGCUUCAUGUUGUAGUGAAGACUGAAUAUGAUCUGAAACAUUUAAGCACCUACAAAAUUAACUUCAGCAACUUAAUUUAAACUUAGGAGCUCACAGUAGGGCCAGACAAGUGGUUAACACAUGUACAAGUUAUAGAAACAGGACCUUACUGGGUCCUUUUUAAUAGCCUUGCCUGUGUCACCUCUUCACCUCAGCUGUUCUGUAGAGUUCUCCUUUGCCCCAGAUUUGUACAGCUGAUUUGUUAGUUCUCUGCAUUUCCCUCACUCCCACAAACUCCCUUGCUGAUCCAGCAAUUUUAGAAAACUGAGUGGCUUUUUUUUCUUUUUGCAUUUUUGAUUCAGCUGAGGAAAGGCAGAAUAAGGUGCCCUCUGCAUUGCAAAGCUGAUGGCUGCUUGCUGCUCUGUGUAGGGCCAGUACUACAAUGCUUCACCAUUCUCCUAUGGAUAGUAAAGAAGACUUGACAGAUCUCUUUCCCCAUCUGUGGAGUCAAAACAUGCAACUUGAUCAAAAGUAUUUUCCUUUAUGUUUCACCACAAGGUUGGAAUAAGAAACCUGUAUUCAUUUUCAGAUUUUAAGAAUCACCAUCCCGCUAGCAGGUUGGACAGUGAUUUAAACUCAUGCAGUGGGUAGAGAUGAGACGAUCAUCAUAAUAAGUUGUCUUCAUUAAUGUGUAUGCUUGCUCUUUGACAUUUGCUUAAACUUGCUUUUGGUCUGUAGGAGGGAUAGCAGCUACUGAGUUUCAUCUGAAUUCAUGUAGUCAUCUUUAUUUGUUGGUUGUGACUUCUUCAGGUAAAUCCAGUAUGAAUGCAAGUUACUUUCUUCCCCUCUCAAUACAAGUAUUAUUACUUUUUCAAAGGGAUUUAAGCAGCCAACUUUCAUUUCAAAGACAUCUUUUUCUGCACAGCAAGAAGUACAAAGUACUAAAGGUGGCAGCGCCUCUUGUGAGUAAACCAUGAAGGCAUUGUUACAGCUCAGUCAUAAUGUUAUGUUGCAAAGGUAAUUCUGAUCAUUAUAAUGUGCAGUGUGAACUGAUUUACAGAUAAUACAACAACACUUUUCUCAGCUUUCUAGCGUCAAAGCAUCAACCUCCAUUGUUUGUAGGUACCAACAUUUGAGGAACUUCCUGUUGAGUAUACACAGCUACAAGUCCCCAAAAUAACACAAAAUUAAGUAUAAUUGACCUAAUACUUCAUUUGACUAAAACGUUCAGCAUUUUUCAUUGUUGUCAUGUCAUAACCUUAAUUCAUGUGCGUAUCUGACAGCUUUUUCCUCAAAUGUAGCAAUGUAAUAAUCAUUUUUAGAUCACUCUCCUAGUACAUUGCAUUUGUUUGACUUUGUACAUCUGUUUUAAGCACCUUUGUAAUUAAAUUUAGUAUUUUGUCGAAACAAGCUUCUUACUUCCAUAAAAAUUAUUACUAAGCAGAGAAACGAAUGUGGCUGUAUUUAAUUGUAAAAAUGGAGGUGUGAAUGCAGUUUUUAAACAUAGAAACUGUUACUUGAUAAUUGAAAAUACAAGUAAUGUAUUUGAUUUUCCUUGUGCUGCUUGAAAAUAAAUACAUCCAGCCUAUUUAAA